AUGAACCUGAUCUCACGCUUCUUGAACCCACACCAAGAGAGCUACAGCCGCGCUCUGGGCGCCAACAUCUUUGAGCCGCGGCCGUCGGAUGCUCCACGCAGCAGCCUGGAGGAAUUCCUGGCCGAAGCGGCCGAGUGUGUGAACAGCGCUGCCGGCUUUGUGCCAGAGCCGAAAUUCGCAAGAAUGGUGGAGGCGCCUUCUUCCCCACUUAUCACGCCCCUGGCCACCACCCUUUCCCUCCCGCCGACGCCUGAGUCGAUGGCGUCGCGCCCAGCCUCGUCCACCUCCAAGCCCGGCUUUGUCAAGCAGCAUGCUCUGCCGAAUAUAGGCACCUGGAAGAGCACUACCCACUGUGCCCUCUCCACCGACAGCACUCCGUCCUCGCCAGACAAGAGUCUUGGCAGUCGAUCGGAGCGCAAACGUCAUUCUGAUUGCCAGGAUGACAAGGAGCUCCUCUCCGACUACUACGAGAACCUUGCCAACCUGCAUGACAAGGAAGAGAGCAUAAACAAUCUCGACGUCGACAUGAGGGGCAUGCAAGUUAUGCAGAAAACCCGAGCUUUGCUGGGCCAGCAACCGCUGUCCAUUGAUCUUCAACUGUGGGACCACCACCGCCAAUCACUCGAUGAUCAACUGGGCAGCCUCCAGCGUCGAAACGAGAUCCUUCGAUCACAGUGCAUCAAGCGGGGUCUUCUCCUGCUCCCGAAUCCUUCCGCCUUCAAGAGAAGCGCUUCUGUAUCAACAGGCCAAGACAGUGGCAGAGUCCUGCCCGAGCCUGGUGUGCUCCUCACAAACAGGCAUCGAUCCACCACCCUGCCUGCUGCUGUUGUAGAGCAAGCCGUGUCCAACCAUCGUUCCGACAGGAAAAGGAUCCCUCGCCCAGCAAAAGCUAUCCUCGAAUAUCAUUACACCUUGACUCCGCAUCCGUCUGACGCCGAGCUAGAAACCCUUGCUCUGAAGACGGCAUUGCCAUUGAGGAAAGUCAAGACCUGGUUCAUCACCAAACGGGGCAUCUGCCAGGAGAGCAAUGCUUCAACCUGA